GGUUGUGCCGAAGAAUUCACAUUCAGUUAAAACACCGACAGACCCACCCUUUCUUUCUUUCUUAUUCCAUAAAGACUUUUAAAUGUUGUGUGGGAUCGUAAGUGCUGUAAUUCUCUAAACUAAUGAAGUCCUUUUUUACAUAAAAGGCGAUUUAAGAAAGACACGAUGGCUUCUCGGGGAAAAUCAGAGACUGGGAAACUAAAGCAGAACAUGGAGGAGCAGCUGGACCGCCUCAUGCAGCAGCUCCAGGAUCUGGAGGAGUGCAGGGACGAACUUGAUGAUGAGGAAUAUGAGGAAACCAAGAAAGAGACACUGGAGCAGUUGAGUGAGUUUAACGAGUCGCUGAAGAAGCUCAUGUCGGGAAACAUGACCCUCGUGGACGAAUUGGGAGGGAUGCAGCUAGCAAUCCAAGCUGCCAUCAGCCAAGCAUUUAAGACACCUGAAGUUAUUCGACUAUUUGCAAAGAAGCAACCUGGACAAUUACGGACCAGACUGGCUGAGAUGGACCGUGAUGUGAUGGUUGGGAAACUUCCCAGAGACGUGUACACUCAGCAGAAACUGGAGAUCCUCACAGCGCUGAGAAAACUGGACGAGAAGCUUACAGCAGCGGAUGAAGCUUUUCUUACAGAAAAUGUCAGUGCCACCCUGAGCCAGUUUGAGAAAGUUACAGCGAGUACGGGAUCUGAAGAUAAGAUCAUGGCCUUAGCUAGCUCUGGAGUUGAAAAGAGACAGACUUAGUGAUAUAAAUGACUUGUGUCAUUUUUAGGUGUUUUAAUGUAAUAUCUAGCUCUGCAGUUUUUGGAUCACUUUUUAAGUGCCAUUCAACAGAGUUUCUUAAUUGUGUGUUAUAAUUAACAUGGUUUACUUAUUUCAAGUUUAUUUGUGUGUUUGUGUGAUUGUACAUUUUUUGGUACAGUGUAGUGAAAUUUAAGAAUUUCUUGAUCAGAUUUAAUGUAUAAUAUUUACAUUAGGUACACUGUGUUUAAUGAUCUGUGUUUUGCCCGUGGCUUUAAGGGGAAAAAAUACCAUCUUGAUUUUGAAAUUUCAGUUAAUAGAACUUUCUAUCAGGGCGUUUAUUAUUUUUGUGUAAAUGUCCCACUUUUACACUUCUUAAUGUAAUAUCCUAUUUAUGAUACAUGUUGAAUGAUGUAAAUGAAAUCACAGCUGUUCAUUUUUCACAUUUUGAGGUUUCAGGUUUCAUGAAGAUAAGACAUUAAUAAUCAUACCUUCUCCUAUAUGUCAUGUAUAAAAAUAUUAAUUACUAGUGUUAAAUAAUAAAAAAAAAAUUUUUUUUCAUUUGUUUUUCUAAAGACAGAAUUAUUUUCAUGUAAAAUUUUAAUUGUGAGAUAAUAAUAAAUGGGGAAGUAGCCUUGGUGUCUGAGUCACACAGCUGAAUAUUCCUAUGACAAAAUAAUAAAUAAAAAUCUGAGUAUGAUUGUGACAGAUUAAA